AUGGCACCCAUGGUCGAGAACCGUGGACCCGAGCUCCUGGCCGUCAACAUCUUCUUCGUCUCGGCGGCGGUGUUGGCCACUGCAUUGCGAUGCUACGUCCGGGCUGGCCUGGUCAAGGCUUUCGGAACGGAUGACUGGCUCAUGGUCUUGGCUCUGGCCUUCUUCAUAUGCUACUCAAACUUCUCGAUACUAGGUGUUCACUAUGGCACCGGAAGGCAUUUCGCGGAUAUCGAAGAUGACCAUAUCACCAAAGCGCUCGAGUGCUGGUGGUUCUGCUACCUCUUUUACUCCCUCAGCAUGAUCGUCUCGAAAAUGUCCAUCGGAUUCUUUCUCUUGCGAAUUACUACCCGCAGAUUACACAGCUGGAUCAUCUACGUGGCUAUGAUGUUCACUGUCCUAGCCGGAGUCGUAUUCUUCUUCGUGACGCUGUUUCAGUGCCACCCCAUCUCGUUCUUCUGGAACAAGAGUCAGCCAGGAAGCUGCAUCGAUGUCAACAUUGUUAUUGCAUUGGCAUACUUGUACAGUGCCUUCAGUGUCAUAUCGGACUUGACAUUCGCCAUUCUCCCAGCCUUUUUGGUUUGGAACCUCCAACUGCGAAAGAAGACGAAGUUUGCUUUGAUCCCGUUAUUGAUCAUGGGUUGCGUUGCCAGCUCAGCUGUCUUGGUUCGCUUUGGAUAUCUCAUGGGCCUCAAGGACGCCGAUUUCCUCUGGUCCACCCUCGACAUCGCUAUCUGGUCAUCCGUAGAACAAGGCCUAGCAAUCACCGCCGGCAGCCUCGCAACGCUUCGACCCCUUCUCAAGGCCAUCGGCUACAAGUUAGGCAUGACCUCAGACCCAUCCCCCCACCGCAUUACCGACGACGCUACUCGCCGACCAUCGGCCUUCGCAGCCACAACCUUUGCCAAGUCCAGCAACGGUCCGCCGCAGUCCGGGCACGAAGAUAUCUACAGCAUGUCAUACUUUCCUUGCAAAUGCUGCGGCACCUUCAAGUGUCAAAAGAGGCAGAGUGAGGCGACUUCUGGGAAGAGGAGGUCGAGUAUGGGCUUCUCAGCAGGAGCAAGCAAAGGUGAUGUUGAGGCCUUGUCGCACAUUAAGAGUGUCAGUGAAAAUGGGAGUGAGGAAGAAUUGACUUGUGGAGGAAGGUCGACGAGGGAGGCUUCGCAUGACAAUGAGAGGGUGGUGCCACAGAGCUUCCUCAUUGUCGAUGAGCAGAAGGACUCGUGA